AUGACGAUCCGCGGCACGAGCGCGGCGCAGGACGGGCGGCACCUGGCGCAGGAGAAGAAGCUGCUGGCCGCGAUGAGCUUCCCCAAGUGCUUCGAUCAGCGCGUGGACAUGCGCAAGGUGCAGCGCGAGGUGGUGAACCAGUGGGUCACGGAGCGGCUCACGCAGCUGCUGGGCUUCGAGGACGACAUCGUGGUGUCCAUGGCCAUCAACCUGCUGGAGCCCAAGGUGGACGAGAGGCUGGACCCGCGCCAGCUGCAGGUGGCGCUCACGGGCUUCCUGGAGAAGCAGGCGGGCCAGUUCACGGAGGAGCUCUGGACGCUGCUGCUCAGCGCGCAGAGCAACCCCACGGGCAUCCCCAGCGCCAUCCUGGACAGGAAGAAGCAGGAGAUGCAGCGCUUCGCGAGCGACAAGGACAAGCUCAAGAAGGUGCUGGAGGCCAAGCGCGCGGCCGCUGAAGACGGAGCGACGACGCAGCCCCGAGCGAGGCAAUCGCAGGGAGGAGCCCAGGAGACGCUCGAGGAGUCUGCAGAGACGGCCACGCAGUCCUCCGCGCCGUCUCCGUAG